GUUUGCCGAACCCUACCUUGCAGUUAUUAGACAGAAAACUUAUGCUGCAACGAUUAUUAUCAAUGUAAUGUUGAAAUGGGAGAAAACUGCAUUCGAGAGAUCAAUCCUUGUAAUUCGAAAUUCCCGAGACCAUUAAGCUUCUCGGUAGCCGAACUAUUGAAGACAGAGCAGGUUAAUUCAAACGAAGUCAACCUUACGGAUUUCAAUUGCCCUCAGGCGACGGAUUAUCCACUACAAAAGAAAAGUUUGAAUGGAAUUAACCCCACAUGGGGCGACAGCCCCACCAGCUGCGAAUGGAUCCCAUUCCCACUUAGUAGCACUGUGGACACAAGGAAUAUUUUGCCUGACUGGACCAACGUACAGCAAUCGAACACAAAGUUUGAAAGAUGUAUGUUCCCUCAGGACGUAAAGGAAAUAGUGACUCAAUUUGAAGACGUGAACCGUCAGCAGACCAUAUCAAGUUGCGAGUCGCCGACAGACAAAUCACCCCCGAGUCCGUGCACACUGAUGUUUCCGAAUGGGAUUAUGCGCAGCUGGUAUGGACUUAUUGGAGUUUACGAUAGAUCCGGGCAUCAAAAAUGUACUCUGCGGAAACACAGACCGAACAGAAAACCAAGAACACCAUUUACUACCCAACAGCUGGUUGCUUUGGAGAAAAAAUUUCGUCAAAAACAAUAUCUCUCUAUUUCAGAGAGAGCAGAAUUUUCGGACAGACUGGCUCUGACGGAAACGCAGGUGAAGAUAUGGUUUCAGAAUCGGCGUGCGAAAGCCAAGCGGUUACAAGAGGUGGACUCAAACACACAACAAAUACAGUAUGGAGAAAACGUAGAUAUUAUUAUGGGAACCCAAACAACUGAAUGCAAGAGGAACCCACUGCCAAGUCAACUAGUAGAGUCUGUGAAUCCACACAAUUUGGCGUGUUCGGCUACCCCACUGUUGUCGGUCAGCGGCAUCGAAGGUGUGGAAGAAGCAUCAAGUGGAUUGUGGACACAAAGAAUAGCGGGAAAUAAAACUGCCCGUCCAUCUUCUAGCAGCAUACCAAAUGAGAAUCCUUUGAGCACGGCAAAGUAUCCUAAAGACCGGCUUCGUCACGGCACGUCACUUUGGAACUCAGAGACACAUGCAACAGAUUUAGAAAACAACGUCAAUCCCAUUUAUUCACGUGCAACAAAACACACUAUCUCCUAUUUCUCCACAGCCAGAUGCGGGCCAAACUCCUCACUUUCAGACCAACUACCAUCUGAAAUCUACCCACGUCUGACCUCACAGAACCUGGCAUUAUUUCCUGCAAUAAUGGACAAUCUUCUAUCCACAAUGUGCUCCCAUCGAUGGUCAACAGAUAAGCAGCCCUCUGUGAACAAUAUAUGAACUUUUUAAUUUUCUUGAAAAAAUUUUCCAUUUUCUUAUUGGUUUCCGAUGAUCGGCUACUCCGUGUAAAUGUUAC